AUGGAGAACCAAAGUCCAGUCGACCGUUGCGCCGGAGGACAUACGUUGAGGGACAAGAUUCGAGGACUUUUAGAAGAGGAAAGCAUGGUAGGCUUGUACGAGUUCUCAGUCGGCCGAUCAAGACGACGCUACCACGAACGCGAGAACGAGUCCAGCCGUAUGUUCAGGAGAACACUAGAGACGAAGCACGAACUGGAAACGUUCCAGGCGGAGCGGUCUAAGUCGCAGUCUGUUAUUGCAGCCAAGUACCGAGACGUGUUCGGCAGUUUCUGGGAUAUGCCGUCCGCCAUACCUCCCUUGUCCCCUGAGACGUGCUGCGCGCCACUGUCGCCAAGCCGCCCGUCUCCAGGCAUGCCGCCACAAGGACCGGUGCCUUCUCCUGAAACACCGUCGCCCGAGGCCGCACCUGAGAGGCCUCCAGGCGAGACGUCUCAUGGACACCGACCACGAACCUCUGGGAGGCCCUUCCGGUUCUCCCGCUCGGACCUUAGUCCUCUUUCGCCUCCAGCACCCACGCCGUCCAAGAAAGGAAUCGGACAGAGGCUGGCGUCUUUCUUCCGGGCCACCAAGGCCAAGAGGACACCGCGCAACCAGCGCUUCUUCACUCGCGGCUACAUGCCAACGUGGAAGCUCGCGAGCCCCAUGCUGGGACGUCGUAGCGGUUGCCGCUUCGCUUCCUUGCGCGACCGAGUGCCAGCCCUCAUCCGCAAGUCGCUGCGCCGCCGGUCCUACGGCUACGCGGUCAACCCACUACCACGUGUCUAG